UAGUUCAACAGCAAGACAGCAAGACAGCAAGAGAUCUCCCAGACCCUGCAUCUUUGAUCUGUUCGAGUGUUCUAGGCCGCCGCGCAAGAUCUCUCGGCGACUUACGACCCACCGUCAUGCCAUUUCGUCGGUCUAUGUACAUAUGUACUGGGGUCUGUUUUCCUUACGGGUCCCUUGUCUUAUUGCAUCUAUUCUAAGCUAUUCUAAGCUAUCGAGUUGAUAUCCGCCUCUUUUUUCCAUUCUCUCCUUUCGCGAAUCCCAUUACUACCUGUUCUGCCCAAACAAAAUAUUGCCGCCUUUCCGUUCCUGUGGGCAGGUCCCUUUUCCCUUUUCCCUUUCUUCUAUUUUGCUGGAUCUCCAAUCUGAUCGGCGCUACUUGGGUCUCCGCUCCUAGAAAAAAUCGAAUAGGUACAAUACGGCAAUACGGCAAUACGGACAGGUUCCACACGCUCUUUACAAACACUCCUUAUUGAUAUAUACCGAUAUAUCACCUUCUUCAACCGCCGGCCGGCUUAUUACCGUUCAACAGAUAUAUACUUUAGUCCAUAGUCCGAUAUCAUAAUCGAAAGUAAUCGCCGUCUCGCUAAGAUGGUUUGGCUAAGUGCUGCCGUAGCUUCGCUAUUUGCCUCGUCGGCACUAGCUAGCAUGGAGCCUAUGGUGGGAGGAAUCAUGAACACGCGUGCGACCAUGUUGGAUACAAGAUUCGACGAUGCCAAUGCCGAUGCCGAUACCGAUUCGUUAGAAAGGCGACAGACGACGUCGACACCGAAUAAUUCGCAAGCGAACAUGACUCAGUGGAACACGGAUACCGCAGCAGCCUGCAUGACAGCAUUGUCUCAGCUCGUCGCUGCGUCGAACCCUUCGGGAACAGCCGUUUGCUAUAAUCUAUUCAGCCUCGACACGAACGCCGGCACAUUCAUGGCUGACUUGCGCCUCUUCCAAGUAUCAACACCUUUCGGAGAAUUUGAAGGUAUCCCUCCAGAGGAUAUCUCCGUCGGACUUCAAUAUAAUGGGGCCUCUGUCUCGCCGGUUGGUCAGGGCGCACAACCCUCGAACGUCUCUAAGCGACAAAGCUCGACGCCCACGCUUCUCCAGACGUACAUGUUUGUUGGGCAAAUAGAUAAGGCCCAGAUGGCUCAACCUAUGACCAUGGGUGUGCUGGAGGCGUUAGUGAUGCCAACCGUCACAUUGACAGGAAAGAACUUAGCAGGCCAGCAAGUUACCACGAAUGUUUCUUCUAAUGAAGCUGCCUUCGUCAAUGGCAUAUUUUCGACUGAUGUUGUCAUGUCCGAUUUUACACUCGCCUCGGUAGCAGUCGAGAACAUUACAGCCCAAUUGAUUGAAGGCACAGUCGCCUUCGUCUUGCCUGGUGUUAACAUCCUAAUCUUCCCAGUAGGUCUAAUUAUUACCAGCAUCUGGUUUGUGGUUGGAUUUGGAUUUUACGCGUUUGGUACGUACGAGCGAUACAAUUACCGGGAUACGUAUAGGACGCGGAAGGCAAGAGCUGAAGGCAAACCCGUCAAUGCGAGAAUAUAAUCGACCACAUUAGUACGGAUAUAAAUUCAUGUGUGGGUGUGCAGUGGAUGCCGUCGAAGUGGGUAGAUUAAUGUUUAAAUGACGGGCAAUUUUUGGGAUUUUCAGCAACGGGUUUUAGAUUAAUCAAU